AUGUCUUUUCCUGUAAAGAUUGACUGGUCCAAAGUUGAUCAACCACAACUCGUCCUUCAGCGCUUCCCGAGCCGUCGAUCUGUUGUUUAUGGGACCAAAGGAAUCGUUUCUUCCUCACAACCAUUAGCUACAGAAGUCGGAUUGGAGAUUUUGCGAAAGGGGGGGAAUGCCGCUGAUGCUGCAGUUGCUACCUCUGCGGCUCUCAACGUUACCGAGCCCAGCUGUUGCGGAAUUGGAGGAGACGCCUUUUGUCUCUUCUACGACGCCAAGACCAAACAAGUCAAGGCUCUGAAUGGUUCAGGUCGAUCGCCACAGAAGUUGACUAUCGAUCACGUCCGUCAGCGCGGUAUAAAGGGCUCGCAAAUUCCCGUUACGGACUUGAACGCGGUUACUGUUCCAGGUGCUGCCGCCGCUUGGGUGGACACUGUCGAAAAAUUCGGUAGUGGUAAGUUGACAGUUGCAGAAGUACUGGAGCCCGCCAUUAGGCUUGCAGAGGAAGGAGUUCCCGUCUCUGAGAUUCACAGUUUUUCGUGGCAGCGUUCUGAGAAAUUGAUCCAAAAUGCUUCACCGAACGGUCACGAAAUGCUUCUCAACGGGAAAGCACCUCUUCCAGGUCAAAUCAUAAAGCUGCCCAAUCUUGCGAAGACGUUCAGGGAGCUUGCCACGAAAGGGAAAGAUGGUUUCUACAAGGGUCGUGUUGCUGAAGCCAUUGUUGAACUGAUACAGAGUAAGGGCGGUGUAAUGGAACUGGAUGAUCUCGCAAAGCACGCGACUACUGUUGUUGAACCUCUCAAAUAUACAUAUGCUGGAGAAGUCAAUGUAUAUGAGUGUCCUCCGAACGGCCAAGGUACCGUGUGUCCUUCUCGUUCUUUCGUUCCUAGCCCAGUGUAUCCUGUUUAUCUAGGUAUAAUUGCACUCAUUGCACUGGGCAUUCUCGAGAGCGCUCAAGAGCAAGGGAUCGUAAAGCCGUUAUCUGAGUUUGAGCACAAUUCCCCCGAAUACCUUCAUGUUCUAGUGGAAGCAUUACGGUACGCGCUGCAUUCCUUUAUGUCUAUAUCCUUUUUGUUGACUUUCUGGAAACAGCCUCGCGUUCGCUGGUACGGGUGUUCCUUGGUACUCAACCUCCACCGUAGUUUAAUCAAAACAGACGGUCAGCGGUAUGUCACCGACCCCGACGUUGUACACGUCCCGGUCAAAGAGUUGUUGGACAAGGAAUAUCUGGCGUCUAGAGCAAAGCUGAUCGACCUUACCAAGUGUAAUCCCAAAGUCAUCCACGGAAGUCCAGUUAACAGUUCGGAUACUGUCUACUUUUCAGUAACAGAUCAGUGGGGUAACGCGUGCAGUUACAUUCAAAGCAAUUAUGCCGGAUUUGGAACUGGAGCGGUUCCUAAAGGAUGCGGCUUCACGUUACAAAACCGUGGUACAGGAUUUGUGUUGGACGAGAAUCACCCUAAUGCUCUCAAGGGGGGGAAACGCACGUAUCAUACGAUUAUACCAUGCCUCGCAACAAGAGGUGAUGACUUAUUCCUGAGCUUUGGCGUCAUGGGCGGGUUUAUGCAACCUCAAGGUCAUGUCCAAGUACUACUAAAUAUCCUUCGAGGUUUCACUCCUCAGGCGGCAUUGGAUGCCCCUCGUUUCUGCAUAUCUCCCGGAAGUCCAGAAAAUCAGAGUCGCAAUACCAGCGUUCCCGGAGACAUAAACAGCGAAGUGUAUUUCGAAGAGGGUAUAAGCGACGAAACGAUCGCGAAGCUCCGAGCAUUGGGGCAUGACGCACGCAAAGCCGCCGGGUUCGAGCGUGCGAUCAUGGGCCGCGGUCAAGUCAUACAGAAGAUUAACGAUGCGUCAGGAAAGACCGUCUGGGCAGCGGGGUCUGACCCACGAUGUGACGGACAAGCUGCUGCUCAGAUAUAA